GUUCUAGCUCUCGAGAGCUAUCGACGAAUGUCUUGGUUGAGAUUUGAAUUUAACACUAAGCUGCGUUUCUAAAGGUGAUGACAGCUAAAGCCAGAAGAAAUCGAGACUGACGAAGCGACGGUACAAGUGGCUGAUAUGAACGAAAACUCAUCCUCCGCUACUCAAAGUCUUCCCCCGCAAGCUCUUCCGACUUUGCCAAACGAUGAAGUGGAAAAUAUUGCAUCAACGAUCCUCUACUGCUUUCUGUCGUUAUUUGUAAUACUUGGAAACGUCCUUGUCGUCGCAGCGUUUAGGUUUAAUAGAAGGCUUCGCACUAUUAACAAUACCUUCCUAGUUGGCUUGGCCGUGUCCGACCUCUUGGUCGGGCUGAUAUCGAUUCCGUUGUGGAUCUACAUUUCGUCUUGCCAACAAUUAAUAACAUGCGUGAUAAAUCAGGACCUUCUGACAUUUUAUUCAACAGUGGACAUUUUCACUGGCUGUGCCUCAGUGCUGCAGCUUACAGCCAUCAGUAUUGAACGCUAUUUGGCGAUAACUCGCCCGAUAAACCAUCGAGCUUACUCCAUGUGGAUUUACUACGGAAUGAUUAUGACGGCCUGGAGCUUCGCUUUCAUCAUGGCAGGACUGUUUCCCGUUCAAAUGAACAAGUGGCAAAAACCUUAUAGUAUUAUCCUCUUCAUUGGGUGCUUCGCCGUCCCAGCACUUAUCAUAGUGACUGUGUAUGCCAUCAUUUUCCAGGCGGCUAAGGGGACCACCCGGGCAAGGGUUCAUCCCGCAGGACACGGAGGAAACAGCGCACAAAGUGAAGCCAAAAUUGCUGCCACCAUUGCGGUUAUCACCGGACUUUUUAUAAUCGCGUGGUUGCCAUUUUGCAUUGUGAACCUGUUUGCAGAGUUCUGGCAUCAUUUACUGCCACCUUUUCCUGAAAUUCUGAGGCUAAUUCGGUUCGUGAAGUGGAUGCAUUACUCCAACAGUAUGGUAAAUCCUAUGGUGUAUGCUUACCGCAAUGGUGAGAUGAGGAAAACCUUUAAGAGAUUGUUGCUGACUUGUUUUAGCUGUCGUGGCGUCGGACACAGAACUAUUCGGGCUCAUGCCUCUGUCAGAGCCCAUAGCAGAAGGAACAAUGAUCCAUCUCCAUCACGAAGAAGAACGAGAAAUAAUCGUAGCAACGACACGAACUCUUCCAAGCAAAGAAUUACUCCUGGAAGGAGAUUAUCGCUUGAAAACAGAAGGAUCGAUAGUUCGAACCCCAGUGAUAGCUCAUUUCGGAAUCGUCCUUGUUUGGUUCCCAUCCAGAACAAAGUAGAGCGCUCACUAUCGCCUUUGACGCCAAAGACUUCCGUCUAAGCUGUAAUGGGUGACUGACAUGAUACUUCCUUUCAGAAUUACGCUGCAUCAUAUCAUAAACAUGUGAGAAGAAUCAGCUUAAGGUUGUCAUCUUCAUAUUUUAUCAAAUUCUCCAAACUAACUCUCGAGGAAAUGUAUGAAACCCAGAGGGGAAAUAUUACGGCUCAGACCCUCGGAGUCAUGGGACGAUGUGUCAUGACAGCGUUCACGAUAGAGCGCUUUCGAUUGAGUGUCGUAAAACCAAGACAAAGGUAGUCGAAAUGCAGCCAAUCAGAUCAGAUAAGAAAAUCACAAGGAGCCGAUGAGAGCUCAUAGAGAAACAAGCAAACUUCCCGAAGUGCGGUAAAACGCGAAUGAUCAAGACGCGAUUGGUCCUAGUUUUGAAUUUGAUUGAUUGAGAGAAUGGCGCAAGUUUUCUUGGCCAAUCACAGAUCAAAGUUAAACGAAAUUAAGGAAAUUUUAGAUUAAUUUUCACUCUCAAUGGAAAACGCUCCCUCAAACGCAUAGAAUGUAUCUUCAAAUCUUAGGGGUAAAAGGUGUAAAUGACUGGAAUGAAGUAGAUAAGAAGCGUGUGAAAUGAAAAUUAUUUUUAACAUCAAAACUGUUCAAUUGUGACCUUUUCUUCAUUCAAAAAAAAUUUCGUGCCUCAAUGGAAAAUUUGUGUUGCUCAUGGAUCUCGAGCAUGCUGGUAACACAAAGUCUAACUUAAACCUCGAGUUAAGAUUUAGAAACAGAAAUUGAAACAUUCAUAGGAACCUGUAAAAGACAACAAAAGUUAGGAAAAGGAAAUCUCGAGACUUUCGAACACAACAGCCUGACAGGUUGUAAGCUCUUUUGCAAACGCGUAGACGUUUGAACGUCAUCGUAAAGUGGGUCUGCUCUAGGCUGGAAUAUCUUUCAAAAAUCCACUCAUGAAUACAAUUAAAAUAUAUCUGAGUGACAAAGCAUGCUUAUCCACGGACUACUCGGUAGAAAGCUACUGGUAUCCAUUGUUUUUUUUGUCCACGGAUCUAUGCAUUCUCAAAUGAGAAAAACGCUGUGAAGAGAAGUGAACAAGAAAACCGGCAGAAAACGAAUUGUGGGUUUUGUUGUGGGCCUUAUAAAAAUGGACACCAAGUACAUUUUUGCAGACUAUUUCUUGAACAAGCAUGGUGCACCAUUUAUUUAUGCAAAUCAAAAAUAUUUA